UUUUGGCAUUUUUUGCGUGUUUGUAUCUUUCUGGGAUAUAAUAGACAGAGAAUGUGAUACUGAUGAUAUGAUAUUUGAAUCAUGAUAUAUUAUUUGAAUCAUUGAUCUUUGAGAUUGUGAGGAUAUGGUGGAAUCAUAGGGGUUGAGCAAGGGAGAGAGGGCUAAAAACCAACAACAUACCCACAUGGAAUUUGUGGGGAUCGGUUACAAAACAUAUAGAAAUCACACCCCAGCAUUCCCAGAUCUCUAGGUUCUCGGAAUUUCAGGCUUAGUGUUUGCUUGUUUCUCGAGAAAAUUCUCUCCUUGUUGUCUUUCCCACUCCAAACCCUGCCCAUUUGGCUCCAAGCUGUGUAUACUUGUGCAAAAACUAAUUUUUAGCGUAUGGGUCUUUGUUUUUGUGGAGUUUUAGCAUCUGGGUCUUGGAGUUUAUGAAGUUUUGUGGACUAUGUGAAGAGCAGUUUUGAGUCCCAAGACUGAAUCUGAAAGGGUUCUACUUCAUGUUAUAGUAAUGGUGGGCUUUGCUUGAUGGGUUUCUGAUGCUAAGCUAACUUUUUGUUAGAGAGUUGUUUGGAUGAUGCAAUAAUGUAGAGGUUGUCAGUUCAUGUUAAUGGUUUCUGGAAUGGUUGGUUUUGGUGGCUUUGAUAAGUGGGUACUGUUGUACUGAAGGUAGAAUAGAAAAUGGAAAGAAGUGGGUUUAUGUUGUGGAGAGUGGGAUUGCUGGUUUUGACAUUGUUGGAAGGUUCUUCUGCAACUCUUUCUCGUUCUGGUAUAAACUAUGAAGUGGUGGCUUUGAUGGCUAUAAAAAAUGCUCUCAAUGACCGAUACAAUGUUUUGGAGAGCUGGGAUAUUAAUUCAGUAGAUCCUUGUUAUUGGAGGAUGGUUACUUGCUCUGAUGGUUAUGUCUCUACUUUAGGAUUGCCUAGCCAAAGCUUGACUGGGACUCUAUCGCCUUCAAUUGCUAACCUCAGUAACUUGCAAUCUGUGUUGCUACAGAAUAAUGCUAUUUCUGGUCAUAUUCCUGUUGCAAUUGGGAAGUUGGAGAAGCUUCAGACACUUUAUCUCUCUAGCAAUAAGUUUAAUGGUGAAAUACCCAGUUCAUUGGGAGACCUCAAGAACCUGAAUUAUUUGAAACUAAACAACAAUAGCCUUACUGGAUCCAUUCCAGACACUUUGUCCAAAGUUGAAGGUCUCACACUUGUAGACCUUUCUUUCAACAACCUCAGCAGUUCCGUGCCAAAAAUUGCUGCACGAACUUUCAAGAUAAUUGGCAACCCAUUAAUUUGUGGGCCUAAUUCAGAUAACAACUGUUCUGUGGUCUAUCCCGAGCCUGUUUCCUUUCCGCCAGAUGGUGUCAAAGAUGGGUCAGAAUCAGGGACAGAGAGCCACCAUGUGGCUGUCACUUUUGGCGUGAGCUUUGGUGCUGCCUUUUUAAUUAUAGUAAUCAUUGGAUCAUUUGUUUGGUGGAGAUAUAGACACAACCGGCAAAUUUUCUUUGAUGUUAAUGAUCAAUACGAUCCAGAGGUAUGUUUGGGCCAUUUGAAAAGGUAUACCUUUAAGGAACUCCGGGCUGCAACUGAUCAUUUCAACUCAAAGAAUAUAUUAGGGAGAGGUGGAUUUGGAAUUGUGUACAAGGGUUGCUUAAAAAAUGGGAAUGUGGUAGCAGUCAAAAGGUUGAAGGACUAUAAUGCUAUUGGGGGUGAAAUCCAAUUUCAAACUGAAGUUGAGAUGAUAAGUUUGGCGGUCCACCGGAAUCUUUUGCGGCUUUGGGGGUUCUGUACGACUGAAAAUGAACGACUUCUUGUCUAUCCGUACAUGCCAAAUGGGAGUGUAGCUUCUAGAUUAAAAGAUCAUGUCCAUGGUAGACCCGUUUUAGACUGGUCAAGGCGAAAGAAUAUAGCUUUAGGCACAGCAAGGGGGCUACUAUAUUUGCAUGAGCAGUGUGACCCCAAAAUCAUUCACCGUGAUGUUAAAGCAGCCAACAUUUUGUUGGAUGAAGAUUUUGAGGCAGUUGUUGGAGAUUUUGGGUUAGCAAAACUCUUGGAUCACCACGAUUCUCAUGUGACCACAGCUGUGCGUGGCACUGUUGGCCACAUUGCUCCGGAGUAUUUGUCAACCGGUCAGUCGUCAGAAAAAACUGAUGUAUUUGGAUUUGGGAUCUUGCUCCUCGAGCUAAUCACAGGUCAGAAGGCUCUGGACUUUGGACGCGUGGCAAACCAGAAAGGAGUAAUGCUUGAUUGGGUAAGAAAGCUCCAUCAGGAGGGAAAACUGAACCUAUUGGUGGACAAAGAUUUAAAGGGCAAUUUUGACAGGGUGGAGUUAGAAGAAAUGGUUCAAGUUGCCCUUAUAUGCACUCAAUUCAAUCCUUCUCACCGUCCCAAAAUGUCCGAAGUACUAAGGAUGUUGGAAGGUGAUGGCUUGGCGGAGAAAUGGGAGGCCUCACAGAAUGUUGAGACACCAAGGUAUCUCCGGUCAUUUGAAAAUCCGCCUCAAAGAUAUUCGGAUUUCAUAGAAGAAUCUUCUCUUGUGGUUGAAGCAAUGGAACUUUCUGGCCCACGGUGACAAAAACCCAUUUCUCUCUCCUCUCUAUACAGUUCCUUUUUCAUGUCAUUUAGAGUUGCCAAGCUUUGAAGUGAAAAAUUAGUUGUUUGGUGUUUGAUAGUUGUUGAAUGAGCGUGUAUUCAAUCUGUUAAAAAGGAAAAGCAAAUGUAUAAGCAUUUGGUUGUUUGUUGGAAAUCUUGGUUGAGUGAUAGUGUCUUUUGUCAAAAAUUGUGGAAUCAAAAUGGGGAAUUUGUAUAUAAUUACGAUUGCAGUUGUC